UAUCAAGUGUAAAAGUGUCAAGCAAAGCUUUAAAUCAAAUAAAGAAAGAACAACAAUAUGUUCAAAUUAAGUUUCAUCAUUAAUUUGACAGUCUUUACAUUACUUGGUGUAUUAAACACCUCUGCUAUGCGUUGUGAAGAUGAUAAUGAAAAGAAUUUGAGUAGUUUGGAAAAGAUUGUGAAGGAUUUAAAGGAAAUAAAAACCGAUAUUGACCAUUUGAAACAAAAGCUGCCACAACCUAAACCAGAAGACCUAGCCAUGUUUGAUAUACGUUUCGAUACAUUACCGGAAAAAUGUUUAGAGCAAGCAACCCCCUCCAAUUGUGCGGAGGCUACCGCCUGUACCCGACGCAGUGGAUAUUAUUACAUAAAAGUAAAUCAAUUCAGCAAUGAUAGCUUUCUCGUCGAAUGCGAUGUCCACACUGAAGGUGGUGACUGGACUGUCAUACAAAGACGCCAGGAUGGCUCCAUCGAUUUCUAUCGCUCCUGGGCAGAAUAUAAAAAAGGGUUUGGUGAUAUCGAUGGAGAAUUUUUCAUUGGCCUAGACAAACUACAUGCAAUGACAAACUACGAUGGACCGCAAGAGCUAUUGGUUCUUAUGGAAAAUGGUACCAACUCAAAGGAGGGCUAUUCGAAAUAUGAUGCCUUCAAGAUAGGCGAUGAAUCGGAGAAAUACAAAUUGAAAAGAACUGGCCGUUACACAGGGACUGCAGGUGAUUCGUUGCGAGGACAUAUUGGUCUGAAAUUUACCACAAAGGAUCAGGAUAAUGAUAAUUAUGGCACUAACUGUGCUGAAUCAUUUAUGGGAGCCUGGUGGUAUGGGGCAUGCCAUUCCAGCAAUCUAAAUGGCCACUAUGGAGAUGCCAAACAUGGCAGGGGUGUUAAUUGGUACAGCUUUUCGGGGCAUUACAAUUCCCUAACCUAUGCAAAAAUGAUGAUACGCCGACGAAGAAAGUAAAGGGAACAGUACAACAAAGUGACUAACUUGGCAGAGGAAAGAAAUGAAAAUAAAGAUAAUAAAUUAGUUCUUAAA